AUGUGCGCUUCCUUGCAUUUCUGGCGUAUCACGCUCAACAUCACGAACCCCGAGGUCGACGAACAAGACCAGCUUCUCACACUCGAUGUCUUCCCUGAUAUGACGGUAGCUACCUUGCGUGACUCCAUACACCGAGAAACUCACAUCGACCCCGCCUCCCAACACCUCUACCACAAUGGCAACCUCAUCGGCGAUCCCUCCCGAACCUUGGAACAGCUCCAGAUUAGAGAUAACGACAUGCUAGCCCUCCACGUACGAGACAUGCGAGGAACCACAGGUCUUCCCGAGACUAGGCGCCCUGCUAGGCGGAGGGCUGGCCAGCCUGAUCCCGAGGUUGUGCGACUGCGGAUCCUAGGGUCCCCGACAGCUCGUCAGGAGCUCCAGCGCCAGAACCCAGAGCUAGCCGCCGCCUUAGAAGACCCCCAGCGUUUCGCCCAGAUCAUAAACGAUCACCAUGCGCGAGAAGAGCGAGAGAGGUUCGAGCGGCAACAGCUCAUCCAGGGUCUCAACGACGACCCCUUCGAUAUUGAAAAGCAGAGGCGGAUUGAGGAGAUGAUUCGUCAAGAGCGAGUCAUGGAAAACCUUCAAAACGCCAUGGAAUACAACCCAGAAGUCUUCGGUACCGUGCACAUGCUCUACGUCAAUGUUGAGAUUAAUGGCCACACUGUCAAGGCUCUGGUGGACUCGGGAGCUCAAGCAACGGUCAUGUCUCCAUCCUGUGCCGAGGCCUGCGGCAUCAUGCGCCUGGUUGACAGACGGUUCUCUGGUAUUGCCCGUGGUGUAGGCACAGCAAAUAUCAUUGGCCGCGUUCACCUGUUCCAGAUCAAGAUUGGCAGUCUCUUCCUUCCAUGUAGCUUUACCGUUAUGGAGGGUAAGGCUGUCGAUCUUCUCCUUGGCCUCGACAUGCUCAAGAGGCACCAGGCUGUUUUGGACCUCGCGAAGGAUAAGCUCAUUAUACAGGGACACGAGGUUCCUUUCUUGGGGCCUGCUGACAUUCCCAAGGACCAAGAAGAGGCGUUUGUGCAGGAACCCACGAUCCCCGGCCCCGCGGGCACCAGGAUUGGACAAAAAUCCGGUGCUGUAAAAGGUCCUGAUGGCCAAGAGGAAGUUGCACAGGGUACGGCUGGACCGGCGACCAGCACUGGGCCCUCCCAGCCAGCACCCCAGCCAGCGCCCCAGGCGCCACCGGCCGGUCCCGCGCAAGCCAAGUUCUCGGAGGACGACAUUAACAAGUUAGUGAUGUUGGGCUUCUCAAGAGAGGCGGCCGUCAACGCUUUGCAUGCUACAGAUGGCAAUGUCGAGGUAGCUGCAGGUCUCCUCUUUGGUGCCUGA